AUGUUGCUCGUGGACUUUGUCAAUCGGCUCAAUCAAAAUCACCCAAAACUUGCCAAUCGUCUUACCCUUCCGAUGCUCAUGCAAUUUGUCACUCUGGCCGCCGAGGUGUACUCGCGCGCCCACCAAGCCCUAAAACUGUCCUCCAGCGAUACCCGAAUCCUACCAUUCCUUGAGCUGGCCUUGCAGCUACAAAUCGAACCUACGGAUUACAAAGCUCUCUGGAACCUCACGUUUGCCUCACUACCCGCCGCCCACCUCGAUCCAGUUGCUCUCAUUCGUUUGCACGGGCUUCAUGGGCCUCUAACCACAAAGAUUGCAAAACAUAUUAUCGGGCAUCGUACUACAAAUGGAACGGGUCCAGAAUAUACUAUACUGAGGACCAAGGUGCCGAUUCACUAUGGUACCAGGUGCAUUGCCACUUUGGCUUCACUCAUCGGCUCGCAAACUACUUUCGGCAAUCGCAGAUGCUCGCCCAAAUCUACAUACUUGUUCACGAAUCAGCAAGUACCAACCCACACAGCGGCUCAAUCUUUCUCUCCAAAGUUGUCACAAGAAAUGGUUCGCGACGCCGUCGAUCUCUUCAGUUUAUUACGGCGUUGCAAUCGACGCGGUGCCGUUCUAUACCUCCCCGACGAGGGAGAGCAAGAGGAUCGCUUGAUCCCAGCUAUGAUUCGCGAGUUGCAUUAUAUAGCAAAUAAAGGGUCCAAGUACCGAGACCACGUUUGCUCUUUCUGCGUCAAAGAGGUAGAUGUCAAGCAUGAAGGAACUUCAGGUAUAAAGGCUAUUCGGGCAGUCGUGACGGACGGGCUAACCAUCGGACACUGGCGGUGCACGGCUUCCUCAGCACAACUCGAAGAACUCGCGCACCGAGCUGGAGCUCCACCACCCAAUGGACCUUGCCUAAACCAGAUACCAAAGGCGCAACCCUGCACCGCUCUUGCUGUCAAAGGUUCGAAAACGUGCUCAAACCCAGCCCAUGUCGACGCCAUGGCGGCAUUCGAAAUUCGGAAGAAGAAGGCCUUCAACCUCAAAUCGAUGCUCAAUCGCCCAGACACCUUGGAAAUCAUUGACUUGGACGGACUCCAUCAGGCUGACGAGUCCGAUAGGGCCCAUGAAGCAGCCCGCAAUGGUGGAACGGCCAAACCCAAAGGAACACCGUGCUUGAGCCGUAGUCGGACUCAUAACGAUCAACUGAUCGUUGGGACCUGUGGAAUCAUUUUGGCAAGACAGACGUUCUACAAUUCGGAGGCACCUAGUGCCCUCAGGUGA